GCGCGCGCGGGCGCUGUUGGCGCGCUGUCGGCGGGCAGCGCUUCCCGGCCGGCCAUGUCGCGACAGAGCACCCUGCUCAGCUUCUUCCCUAGGGCGCGGGCGACGCCACCGGCAGCGCCACCGGCAGCGGGCGGCGUGGAGACGCGGCGCCGCGCUGCGCGGGAGCAGGAUGGCCGCCAGGCCGCCGCCGCCGCCGUGCCCCCGAGCCCCGCGGCCCGCUGCGGCGAGGCGGCCGAGAAGGGGCGGCGGCACGGGGCGGCCGCGGGCGUCUCCUGUGAUUAUUCGCCUGGUGACUUAGUCUGGGCCAAGAUGGAAGGUUACCCUUGGUGGCCGUGUCUCAUAUACAACCAUCCGACCGAAGGAACCAUCGUCAGAGGGAAAGGGAAAUCCACCCGUAUCCAUGUCCAGUUCUUUGACGACAGUCCCACAAGGGGCUGGGUCAGUAUUAAAUACUUGAGGCCAUAUAAAGGUUCAUCAGAUGGGGAGGCACUGAAGGGAGGUAUCUUUUAUAGUACAAAACCUGAAAUUAAAAAAGCCAUGGAGCUGGCCGACAGCGCAAUGAGUAAAGAUAAAAUUAAGCGACUCGAGCUGGCAGUAUGCAGUGAGCCUUCGGACACGGAGGAGGAGGAGGAGGAAAUGGAGCAAUCAAGUGAAAGUGCAUCAGGUGACAGUGAUGACCCGAACAGUGAGGAGGAUGUGAAGGGCAACAAGCGAUUAAUGAGCAAGGGAAGUGCCACAAAAGCCAAAAGAAGAAGAGUGUUGGAUUCUGACAGUGAUCAUGACGGUUCUGAUGUAGAGUUCAAGCCUGAUGUGAAAGAAGCAGCAAGCAGUGAGGAAGCUAGCAGUGGUGUGGAGGAAGAUGAAUCUACUGACGCAGAGACAGAUGAAGAGAGCAUUGCAGAAAGUCCCGUAAAAGUCUCUUCUAAACGAAAGAGAAGAGAUGUGAGCAAGCCUUCUAAAAGGAGCAGCUUAGAAAAUGGGCGUUCUGAAGCACCCAAGAGAGCAGCAACGGUUUCCUUGGAGGCCAAGUCUAAGCUGACAUCGUUUGCAGCACCUGAAAACUUUGAAUCUCAAGCAAAUGCUUGCAGUGGAGGAACUGGUGGCUUUGCAGUAUGGGAACAUGAGAAACUUGAUUGGCUUCAGGAAGGGAAGAAGAAAGAUGCACACAGGAGGCGACAGAGUGACCCUGAUUACGACCCAUGUACUCUGUAUGUACCUGAAGACUAUCUUAACAAAUGUACGCCAGGGAUGCGGAGAUGGUGGCAGCUGAAAAGUCAAAACUUUGAUGCAGUGAUUUUCUACAAGGUUGGAAAAUUCUAUGAGCUGUAUCACAUGGAUGCAGUCACUGGUGUGAAUGAGUUGGGCCUGAUAUUUAUGAAAGGUUCUUGGGCCCAUUCAGGUUUUCCAGAAACUGCGUUUGGCAGGUUCUCUGACGUUCUAGUGCAGAAGGGCUACAAGAUAGCCCGUGUUGAGCAAACAGAAACUCCUGAAAUGAUGGAAGCACGCUACAAGUCAAUGGCCCACCCAACGAAGUUUGACAAGGUCGUACGUCGAGAAAUCUGCAGAAUCGUUACCAAAGGCACUCAGACCUACAGCAUUCUGGAUUGUGAUCCGUCGGAGAACCAUAACAAAUACCUUCUGUGUGUUAAGGAAAAAGAAGACUCCUCUGGACAGCGUGUUUAUGGGGUCUGCUUUGUUGACACAUCAGUUGGAAAAUUUUACGUAGGCCAGUUCUCAGAUGACCGGCACUGUUCGAGGUUUAGGACUUUAGUAGCGCAUUACACUCCCGUGCAGGUACUGUUUGAGAAGGGGAACCUGUCUGUGGACACACAGAAAAUAUUGAAAGGCUCACUUGUUUGUUGCAUUCAGGAAGGCCUGAUCCCUGGUUCCCAGUUCUGGAAUGCAUCUAAAACACUAAAAGUUCUUCUUGAAGAAGAGUAUUUCAAGGAGAAACAGAACUCUGAAAACGGGUGUUCUCUGCCCUCUGUGAUCAAGUCUCUGACUUCGGAGACUGACUCGCUAGGAUUAACUCCUGGUGAAAACAGUGAGUUAGCCUUGUCAGCUCUUGGGGGAUGUGUCUUCUAUCUCAAAAAAUGUCUGAUUGAUCAGGAACUGUUAUCGCUGGCAAACUUUGAGGAGUACAUCCCUGUGGAUAUUGAUACUGCAAAAACUGUGAGUUCCAGUAGCUUCUUUGCCAAAACUGACCGGCGGAUGGUGCUGGAUGGAGUCACCCUAAUGAACUUGGAAGUUCUGCGGAAUGGAACCAACGGAACCACAGAAGGAACUUUGUUGGAAAGGAUUGAUUCCUGCUGUACGCCGUUUGGGAAGCGGCUCCUGAAACAGUGGCUCUGUGCUCCGCUCUGUAACCCAAAAUCCAUCAAUGAUCGUUUAGAUGCUGUUGAGGACCUUCUGGCAGUGCCAGACAAAAUGUCUGAAGUUAGUGAGCACCUGAAGAAACUUCCUGACCUUGAAAGGCUGCUCAGCAAAAUUCACAGUAUUGGAUCACCGCUUAAAAGUCAGAACCAUCCUGACAGCAGGGCCAUCUUUUAUGAAGAAAUCAAAUACAGCAAGAAAAAAAUUGCUGACUUCUUGUCUGCACUGGAAGGGUUUAAAGUAAUGAAUGAAAUUGUUGAUGUCAUGGAAGAAAUUGCCACUGACUUCAAAUCUAAAGUACUUAAGCAGUUAGUCACCCGCAAAGCCAAAAAUCCAGAUGGACGCUUCCCAGACUUGAGCGCGGAGCUUAAAAGGUGGGAUACUGCUUUUGAUCACAAUCAGGCUCGAAAGACAGGAGUGAUCACUCCAAAGACAGGCUUUGACCCUGAUUAUGACAAAGCACUGCAGGAUAUUAAAGCUGUUGAGGAAGAUCUCCACGCAUACCUAGAUAAGCAACGCAAACUGCUUGGCUUCAAAUCCAUGCUGUACUGGGGGGCCGGCAAAAAUCGGUACCAGAUGGAAAUACCAGAAAGCGUGAUAUCACGUAAUUUACCUGAAGAAUACGAGCUGAAGUCAACCAGGAAGGGGUAUAAACGUUACUGGACCAAAGAGAUUGAGAAGAUGCUGGCUGCCAUGGUUAAUGCCGAGGAGCGAAGAGAUGCGGCGCUAAAAGACUGUAUGAGGCGCCUGUUCUACAACUUCGAUAAAAACAGCAAGGACUGGCAGGCAGCUGUGGAAUGCAUCGCGGUGUUAGAUGUCUUGAUGUCCCUUGCUAACUACAGUCAAGAUGGUGAUGGACCUUUGUGCCGACCUGUAAUUCUACUGCCUGUGGAUAGCGCUCCUCCCUUCCUGGAACUUAAAAAUUCACGCCAUCCAUGCAUUACAAAAACCUUCUUUGGGGACGAUUUUAUUCCUAAUGACAUCAUGAUAGGCAGUAAAGAUGAAGACAGUGGUAGUGAAGCUUCCUGUGUAUUAGUAACUGGUCCAAAUAUGGGUGGCAAAUCGACACUCAUGAGACAGGCUGGUCUCCUGGUUAUAAUGGCUCAACUGGGAUGCUACGUACCUGCUGAAGUCUGCAGGCUUACACCAAUUGACAGAGUGUUUACAAGACUCGGUGCCUCAGACAGAAUUAUGUCAGGUGAAAGUACCUUCUUUGUUGAACUAAGCGAGACUUCCAGCAUUCUCCAGCACGCAACAGAGCACUCCCUUGUUCUUGUGGAUGAACUCGGUAGAGGCACAGCUACUUUUGAUGGAACAGCUAUAGCAAGUGCAGUUGUUAGAGAACUUGCAGAGAAAAUCAAGUGUCGAACCUUAUUCUCCACACACUACCACUCCCUAGUAGAGGAUUAUUCACAGAGUGUUGCUGUGCGGCUCGGUCACAUGGCAUGUAUGGUUGAAAAUGAGAGUGAAGAUCCAAGCCAGGAAACUAUUACAUUCCUGUAUAAAUUCAUCGAAGGAGCAUGUCCAAAAAGCUAUGGCUUCAAUGCAGCAAGACUUGCUAAUAUUCCAGAGGAAGUUAUUCAGAAGGGGCACAGAAAAGCAAAAGAGUUUGAAAAAAUGAUGAUAUCACUGAGACUGUUUAGGUAUCUGUGCCUGGUGGUAGAUGAUGCAACAAGUGAUGCAAAUGCAGUUCAGAAACUUAUCACUAUGAUCAAUCAGCUUUAAGAACAAAAAUGCUUUUGUACUGGCAGUUUCUCAAAAAGGUGGUAUCAGACAAAGUUAUGAUCUAAUAAACUUUAUUUUUUAAAAAUGA